UCCUCUCUCUCUCUCUCUCUCUCUCUCUCUCUCGCCCACAUGCAUUACCCCCAACCUCACUCGCCAUUUUGAUUCAUUUCACAUAGUAGAUGAUACAACCCCAAACGGAGUGAGAGUCCCAGACAAAACCACUCCACAAUAUCACUCUCAUUUCCUUUGUUCUUUUUCUACUUCUAACCCCACUCUUCCAUAACUCUUCCAUAUCCAUAUCCUACUAACUCAUCAUCACACUAAAUAUACACACACAAACACACCCUACACUUUAGAGAGGACUGUAUAUACCUUGAAUCAAUCUAUUUAUCUUUUUCUCGUGCUGCCACGAUUCACUGAGAUUGAGCCUUCGUGUCUAUAUAUAUAUAUAUAUAUUAACACCUUGUUUCUUGAUAAAACAAAAGCCUAAACAAUGAAUGGUGUGUUAGGUCAUUCAGAAUGCAAUAGUGGGUGUGAGUCUGGUUGGACUCUUUAUUUGGAGCACUCUUGCAUUCAUCCAUACACUUCACACAGUAGAGGCAAUGAGUUUGUCAAUGAAAGGGGUGUUUAUACUCGUGAAGAGAAGAGAUACAAAGGUGAAGAUGAGGAUGAGGAAGAGGACUUGUCCAUGGUUUCUGAUGCAUCUUCUGGUCCUCCCCAUUUCCAUGAAGAGGAAGAUUAUCGCGGCGUCGAAGGCGAUAACAUUGGCAAAAGGCAAAAAAACAUUGGCAAAAGGCAAAAAAUCAAAGAACACCCUUCUUUCCUUGAUGACACUGCUAGCUCUCCUAUCUUCAACUUGUCCAGUAACAAUUUCACAGUCACCAACAACCAAGCUUCAAUGGACAGCAUCUUAGAUUUUUCACAAGGCUACUCUGCAACUCAUUUUGAGGAUAGAUCUGCAUUCCAUGGUCACUUUGGUUUCUUUCAGCCUUCUCAAAAAUCAAUUGUAACAAAACCAGUGAUUUGAAGGGAAGAGUUGGGAAUGAGAGAGGAGGUGAUCUCCCCUACCACUUCUGCUCCUAUGUGUGCUAUUGUGCAGAAGUUGCCGUUAGUUACUUUGAACUCUCGAAUGGUUUGCAAACUCCGAAUGCAGCCCAAUACAAAACAAAAGGAAAUGGAUGUCAAAUUGGAUUAUGUUCCUUUUCUUUUAUUUUAUUUUUUCUUUUUUUAUGUCAAUGAAGUACGAAACAACCUGAGAGCAAAAGUGGGAAAUAAAUUGCAUGUUUUUCACUCUUUGA